AUGCCUCACAGAACCACUUACUUUUUCCCGCGUCAGUUCCCUGAGCGAGGAUUGGAUGAAUCUUCGAAACAGUUAUUAGAUCACGAGAAGAACAAAAUCGUCAACUCAUUUAAAUCGAAUACUUUCGGCGUUGAAAGCGACCCUCCGAAAAAGCCACUUUCAUCAUCAACUACUCCUGCUGAUCCAACCAAAGACGACGUCGUUGUCUCGUCAGGUAAGAACUCGUUAGAAUCCGACCUUUUCGCCGCCGGUGACAAGUUUCGAACCAAACACAACCAAAUUGCAGCUUUCUGCGAUUGGUUGGUCGACAAAAAAGGACAUCAAUCCAGUCACCACCUCAAACCUUAUUCCCGCCACCACCGCCGCUUGUUCAACUCCGAGGAGGACCGCGACCUUAACGUCAAGGAAACUUCCGUCGACCGGAGUUUUGACCGGCAGGUUUCGCUUCAGAGGUUAUCGAGCGGGAGUAGCUAUGCAGGGAGCUUGUUUUCGGGGACGACGUUGGAUGGCAAUUUUUCCAGCGACAUUAAGGAGGAAACGUCGUCGUCUGGGGUCUCCACCACCACAGCGAGGAGGCAGCAUGAGGAAGAAAACAAAGAGCAGUUAGCGAACAAGUGUAAAGAAAGCUACAUCUUGCAGCUUACGUUGGCAAAGAAACUCACUUGUUUGGCUAAUCUCGUGACUGAGCCUGUUCUCACUGGGACCACUGAGACCUGGGAUGAUGAAUCUGUUUCUUAUCGUCUAUGGGUGAGUGGGUGCUUGUCGUAUUCGGACAAGAUAUCUGAUGGUUUUUAUAACAUAUUGGGGAUGAAUCCGUAUCUGUGGGGGAUGUGCAAUGAUGUAGAGGAAGGUAGGCGGAUACCUACUUUGAUAGCGCUUAAAGCUGUUGAACCCAGCGAGACAUCUAUGGAGGUGGUGCUUGUUGAUAGACACGUGGACUCUCGGCUGAAGCUGCUUCAAGAUAAAGCACAAGAGUUGUAUUCUGCUUCCGAGAACACCUUGGUGUUGGUGGAACAACUAGGAAAACUUGUUGCUAUAUAUAUGGGGGGUACAUUCCCGGAGGAGCAAGGAGAUCUCCACAAGCGCUGGAAUAUGGUUAGUAAGAGGUUGAGGAAUUUUCACAAUUGUGUUGUGCUUCCCAUUGGUAGCCUAUCUACUGGGCUUUGUAGGCAUCGGGCGAUUCUCUUCAAGAGAUUGGCAGAUUACAUAGGUUUGCCGUGUCGCAUAGCUCGAGGUUGCAAGUAUUGUGCUGCAGAUCAUAGAUCCUCUUGUCUAGUCCAGAUUAAAGACGACAAGCAGCUCCCAAGGGAAUACGUAGUCGACCUAGUUGGGGAACCAGGAAAUAUCCAUGGGCCCGAUUCCUCAAUUAACGGAGCAUAUAUUUCUUCGAUGCCUUCACCAUUUCAAAUUUCUCAUUUAAAAGAAUCACAAUCACCUUAUAUGGAUGGUGCAACAAAUUCUCCAUCUAUACGUUUCAACCGGAGUUCUGUUAUUCCUGGAAGUCAUCCACAUUCAGACUAUGGACAUAAAGAUCAACAAGUUAAAGAAACUGAUUUGCUGAAAAAUCAUAAGGGCUCCAUUUAUGCUUCAGUUGAUCAGACCUGUGAAGGAACAGAACUACCUGUAAUUCCUUUUGGUUUAAAAGGGAAUAAUGAGGAAUGUGCAGUUCUAGGUUCAAUUUUGCCUACCAUCCAUGAAGAUGUUUCUAAAGCUCACCAUCCAACCACUAAAGCAUCAUUACAUGAAUAUCCCAGACUUGUUGAAGAUGCAGUUGUAGUGCAAGAAACUUCCAACAAUGACAUCAUCGUAACUGGAUGUUCUGUGGUAAAAUGUACUUUCAAACAAUCUGUACUCAGUUCAUCCUGCCAGUCCGAUCCGAAACAGGUAGACAAAAGAAUUGAAAACCAGAACUGUUUACCAGCUGGGAAUAUUCCCAAAUUUCUGAAUCUUGAACCAUCACUUGCAAUGGACUGGCUUGAGAUAUCAUGGGAUGAUUUACGAAUCAAAGAGCGUGUUGGUGCUGGCUCAUUUGGGACAGUGCACUGUGCUGAAUGGCAUGGAUCAGAUGUUGCUGUCAAGGUUUUAACAGAUCAGGAUUUCCAUGAUGAUCAGUUGAAGGAGUUUCUGAGAGAGGUUGCAAUAAUGAAACGUGUUCGCCAUCCAAAUGUGGUGCUCUUCAUGGGUGCAGUUACAAAACGCCCCCACCUGUCGAUAGUGACAGAGUAUUUGCCUAGAGGUAGUUUAUACCGCCUGAUACAUAGGCCAGCACCUGGCGAAAUUUUGGAUCAUCGAAGAAGAUUACGGAUGGCUUUGGAUGUGGCUAAAGGGAUCAAUUACCUCCAUUGUCUGAAACCUCCAAUUGUGCACUGGGAUCUCAAAUCCCCAAACUUGUUAGUGGACAAGAAUUGGACUGUGAAGGUUUGUGAUUUUGGAUUGUCCAGAUUUAAGGCAAACACUUUCAUAUCAUCAAAAUCUGUUGCUGGAACACCUGAAUGGAUGGCUCCAGAAUUUCUUCGUGGAGAACCUUCAAAUGAGAAAUCUGACGUAUACAGUUUUGGAGUUAUCCUGUGGGAACUUGUGACCAUGCAACAACCAUGGAGUGGACUUAGCCCUGCGCAGGUGGUUGGAGCUGUUGCUUUUCAGAACAGGAGGCUUGUUAUCCCUGCGAACAUCUCCCCAGUAUUGGUCUCCCUCAUGGAAUCUUGUUGGGCUGAUGACCCUGAUCAACGCCCAUCUUUUGCUAGCAUAGUUGAGUCACUAAAGAAGCUGCUGAAGUCUCCAGCAGAGAAGAUAAAAAUGAGUGAUACAUAAGGACUAUGCAGCCCAUAAUUGGUUUUCUUGUAGCUGAAAUUUGUUGCCCUUGUAUGGAAAAUGUUAAUUAACAAGUAACCCGACCCUUUGGUCACAUAUAUGACCCCUGAUUGAGGGAACCCUUGGUGGUUUGCAACUGUAUAUUGUUGUUUCUUUCUAAACUAUUUCAGAAGGGCACAAAGAGCCCAUCAAGUCUAGUAAGUGCCUGUUUGUUUAGACUUGAGAAUACAGAGACACU